AUGAACGCAAGUACAGAAGAAGUUGCUCAACGUUUUUCCAAUAUUCAAGAGUCUUUGAAGGACAUUGCCGAGCUGUCAGAAUCUAACCCUAAAGCCACGUUUGCUUUGAACCAGUUUUCUGAUUAUUCUGAAGAAGAGCGUAAAAUGUUGAAUGGCUUAAUAUACGAACCCUCAAAGGAUAAUACAUCAGAAUACAUAACUGUGGACGCGGAUGACGUUCCAGAAACCUAUGAUUGGAGAGAACAUAACGGAGUGACUCCAGUCAGAGACCAAGGUGGGUGUGGCAGUUGUUAUGUCUUUGGAACUUUGGGAGCGAUCGAAAGCCAACUCCUGAUCCAUAAAAAUGUAUCGUCCUAUCUGAGUGCGGAAGAAGUACUUGCAUGCACUUACAACGAUAAAAAAUAUAAUGAUCAUGGAUGUAAUGGUGGAGCUGGAGAAGGGGUGUAUCAAUUUGUUAGGGAUAAAGGUGUCACUGACAAUGAUCAUUGGAAAUACGACUCUUCAAUUCACCACUUUACCGGCAUGUGCAAUAUGACUGGUAAACCAAUCAUAACGAAAGUCAAACACUAUUGCAAGGUUCCUAUGAACGAUGUAGAAAAACUGAAAGCUGUUGUGUAUAAAGAAGGACCAGUCAGUUCAAUAAGUACAUUGUUUGUUUUUUGCAUUUUACUAUAG